AUGAUGGUCUCAAGUGCUAGAGCUGCUGUUAGCGGUGUCAUAAAUGUGGUACGGGAUACUAUUUCGCGUAGCGGUACAAACGUGAAAGACGUUUGUACCGCUAUUAACAAAUGUUCGUCUAACAAGGCUCAACGUUACGUCCUAUGUUCCGUGGAUUCUAUAUUCGAUGGUCUAAACUUAGACCCAGAACCAUCUAGUGAAGGUUCCGGUGACAAAAAGGUGCUAGCACGUGUAUUAUGUAAGUUGCCCAGGGCAGUUUACAUGCCAAGGACCCCGGAUAUAACGAGGCCGGGGCCAGACUUGGGUUCCAUCUUAGAUCAUGAGCUUAACAGCUGGGAUUCCAGUGAUACCACAUUACAGGAUUACGCUGUUAUUGUACAAGAGUUGGGUGAUACUGCCGAGUUUGUAUCGGAGCAUUCCUUGGAUAGUUUCUUCGGUCCUCUGCGUCCAUCUGCUAUAAGUCUGCUUGAGAGAUACAAGCAUGAGCUUUUGCAGGAGUCAAAACGUGGUGACUUAAAGAAGCUCACGCAUGCUACACAGCUCCUCCAGGUGAUGAAGCUCCAUUCCAUGGAUACAGAUGAGCUGGUGGAGCACAUAACUGGCAUAAUCCAGAAGACGCCUAUGAUACUUAAACAGUGCAACAUAUCUACUCUGGAGACUAUUGCUAAGAUGAAGUUACCUUCUGAGUUGCGGGAUAAAUUUGAUGACUAUCUACGUAUGAGUACUACGCGUUAUAUGGGAUUCAAGGAAUGGUCUGAAUAUUUCUGGAUGGUGGCUCGUAAUAGUGAUAACCGCAACACUAUCGAUUGCUUCCUCCACAGUUAUAAGAUCCUUGCUAGGAAUAUGCGUCGUGAAGGUGGUGAUGAUCUGGACACUGUGAAAUCCAUAUCAUGCGCGUCGAUCAUGAAUGUCGUGCAUGGAAUAACUACAUUGAAGAACCGGUUACGCACCAGCGAUGUUGUAUAUAAGGAUUCUAUGGGUCUGCUUGAAUCUAUCUGGCCAUUGAUAGAGGAGCGUAAGCAACAAUUCCAGAAUAGUGAAUUUAUUGAUAUUGCUGAAUGUUAUUUUGAAAAUCACAGAGUGGUCAACCCUCAGAUGAGACAUGGUAGUCGUAACUGUCUUGAUGUUCUUAUGAAUGAAUUUGUUCGUCGUGCCGAUCAAUUUUUAUUACGUGAUUGGGUGUCUGCUUUUGAAGUGUUGGAUUGUGCUCGGGACGCUAUGGUUAUCAACGUGAUGCAGAAACCUACCAAUUACUAUAUUAAAGUUACCGCAGUGCAGACCGCCUGGAUCGAAGACCUAGCAAAUGAGCUUAAAGGGAUGCCUUUAGAGGAGAUCGCAGAAAAUAUAUAUUCACUUUCACUGCCGCAAUGUUCAAACCUAUGUAAGCACCUGGUUGCUGCCGGAUGCUACGAUGAUCCUAUAAGCGCAGCACUAGAACGGCGCUGCCUUGCCAUUCUUACUGACUUGAAGUAUCACAAUACGCGGCAUGUGAUGGAUUUCUAUUUUGUGCAGCUUCAGAUGGUAUUGCCUCAGCAGAGUGCACUUAAGACGGCACUAGAGAACAACAAGCCUUUACGCGAGAUGUUGGUACAAAUGUCCUGUAACAGUCUAUUGCGUCUAUUGAGGCUAGCGCAUCACUGUAACCCUGCCGAUUCAAGGUUACUAUUACAUAAGCUUGCAGAGAAAAUUGAAGCUAACGUUCUGAAACUCACGCCACAACAGUGCGUCACUGUUUUGAGGUACGCCUCCCGGCUUAAGGACUGCAACCUUACAAAUGCCGUUAUUGCUGUAGCAACACCGCCGUUAUUGUCUAGUGACGAGUCUCACAAGGGGUUCUGCAAAAUGUUAGACCUAUCUAAAUUUGCACUUGCGAUGCCAAAAAGUGACUUCGCAGACACCACGCCAGCGGGUAUUCUCAAUCAGCUUAUUGUAGAUCGAGCACCUGUCCAUGUACAUCAUCUUGGACUACAGCAUCUGGAUAUUUUAUUGCAAAAUCUAAACAGGGCUGGCGGGUAUCCCUCCGAGCUUAUGGAAUCGGUGCUAGGUCACGCAAUGGAGAUAGACCUCUCUAGUGUGACGUCCACGCAACUGUCUAGCAUGCUGCAAGCCUUGUCUAACCUUGGUAUUAGGCAUGAAUACCUUUUAGAGCGGCUGGAAGACGCAAUUUUGAUGUCUUUGAUAGAUGAGGAUGGUUCCGUGGCUGCAGAGGUGCUGACCUCUGCAGCCACUGCUUUAGCUCAUUUAGGUUUGAAAACGGCAAGAUUGAAUGAGUUAUUCGAGCAUAUCCUGGCAUCAAGUCCCGUAGCUAUAGCCAAAUGGGAUUAUAGCUCGUUAAGUUUGCCUGUUCGUGUGGGACUACUUCAUGCCAUUGCCUUGUUCGGUACUGUGAACGAGCACCUGGAGACGACGUUUAGUGCCCUUGUUGAAGAGUGUGGCAGUGCCACACGGAAGGUUGGAGACGCAGUAUCGUUCGUCACUCUAGAUGGUGAAGCAUAUCGCAAGUUAUAUGACACUUACAUUUCGUUAUUAGUUGCUGGUUCAGGUUCAUCUGGUAGUAAGCUUGUGAAAUCGGACUUCUUACUAGAACAUCUGCCAUGUUACCACUGGUUCCGUUACCAAGAUAACUUGCAAUCGGAGUUCAAAGCUUCGCCACAUUAUACUCAAUUGAAGAGCGCAUUACGUCAGCUUGGUCUAGAGGAUGCGGAUUCGCGAAUAACGGAAGCAUAUUUCACACAUAUGGUACUCGAUAGUCCAGAUUGUACCUCUGUAUUAGGGUCGCCCAAAAUUUUAUAUUGUAUCCCCGCUAAGGACGAGCUUCGAUGGUGGACUCCUAAGGGCGACAGCACCCAUAACUCUACUAUCAACCGAAUCGAGUCGUACAAGCAUGCUAUGGGCCAAUCAUCAAGGGUGAUAGACCAUUUGCAGCGUUCCGGUUGGACAGUGUUACCUAUAUUUUUACGAGAAUGGGAUACUUUAUCUGCUGAUAAGCGUUUACAUCAUUUAAGCAAGGUUCUGAAAUUGAAUAAAGAGAGAUUAGAACAUUAA